AUGGUGCUGGAUAUCACCGUCGAGCGCGACCCCGACGUCAACGACAUCGGCACGGACGCCUACACCGUCCACGUGGAGUCCCAUCGCAUCCUGACAGUCGCUACCUUCUCCGAAGCCACCGUCACCAAAUGGCUCAAGCAAGUCUUCAAGUUCACCAAAUCCACCAUUCUCGUCGGCGUCGCUGCCGAGGUCGACAACACGCGAGGGUGGCUCAGGAAGAAAGAUCCACCGUACGACAUGCUCUGCCUCACCAUCGGAUGCCACUGCCUCAUCUACCAGUACUUUGACGACAAACCCGCUGGCUUACUCGUCUCCUUCCUUGCAAACCCUAGGGUUUUCGCAGUGGGCCGCGACAUGGCCAAUCUCUGCAGGAAGCUCAAGACGGACCACGGCAUCGAGAUCCGGAACGCCGUCGACGUCAACGAUCUGGCGGUCAGGGGGCUGGGGAGGGACGACCUGGAUCUCGGCCGCUACGGCCUGGACCGGCUCGCGAAGACCGUGCUGGGAAAGAAAAUGGACGUGGUUCGGCCUGAGGAGGAGCUCUUUUGGCACGGUGAGUAUGAGUCUUUUUGGAGCAUGAAUUGUGAGGUGGUCAAGUUCUGUACUGUUGAUGUGUAUCUGUGCUACUUGAUCGGUUUGGAGUUGAUCGACGCCAUUGACGGUGCUGCUGACCUUAAGAAGAUGAAGAAGAAGAAGAAAAACAAGAAGGACAAGUAG